AUUAAGCGGGGGAACAAGACUUGCCACAAAACUGCUGAAUAACCACCCUUGACUCUCUUGAGGUACCUGGCAUGGACGAAAUCUCGAUCUUCCGAGAAAAUCCGUUGUUUUAUUUUUUCAGUGUCGCCUGCAUCGCUGCUUUCCUGCUGCUCAUCUGGGGAUGGUCCAAAAUUCCGAAAGACAUUCCUCCUGGGCCGUUCGGUUUGCCACUAAUCGGGAGCCUGCUUCAACUUGGCGAUUCACCGCAUCUCGCCUUAUCGAAGAUGGCCAAAGACUACGGAAAGGUAUUUUCUAUUCGCCUUGGUUGGAGAAAAGCAAUCGUCUUGAACAGCCAAGAUGUCGUUAAAGAAGCACUGUCAAAAAGGGCUGGCCAUUUCUCGGGGAGACCACCCUUUCACAGUUUCAAAAUUAGCACUCAUCAGAGCGAGAGCAUAGCCUUUGGUGACUUUGGCCCUUCGCAUCAGAAAAAAAAGAAAAUGGCUAUUCGUGCCCUGCAUUCUGUUUUCACUGAUGUGAACCGCUUUGAUAGCUUGUCACAUCAAGAGUUUGAGCGAAUGCGUUGCAACCUUUUGACGGAUGGCAGUUCAGAGGCUCAAGACUUGACUCCACACCUAAAAACUAUGGUCAUUAACUUUGCUUUCAGAUUUGUCUUUGGAGAUAAUUUCGAAGAGGACUACAGUGCUGCUUUGCAGAGCCUCCUGAAGAAAGCAGCUGACUUUACUGAGAACAAUGGGGUCAUAAACUUAAUAGAUUUCUUCCCUUGGCUUCAUUUUCUCUUCAAAAAGCAAUGCCAAACUCUGAAAAAUUCUGUCAGAGAGCUCUUUGACUUUGUAAGAAGCAUCUACACACUGCAGCGGCAUGCGAGCAUCAAAGAAGCUGGUGUCAAUGUGGCAGAGUCUUUGGAUCAAAUUAUUAGAGAGGAUCUCGUAAAUGCUGGAAAGCCUGACCCAAAAACCUCUAAAUCAACCGAACAGAAAGCUCGCAGCGAAUCGUUAGAAGACCUGGCGGUUAAAGUUUUAGCCGACGUUUUUGGAGCCGGAAUUGAGACCGUGUCCACCUCGUUGAGCUGGGCGCUGCUCUAUAUCCUUUCGAAACCUGGUCUGCAAGACGACUUACAAGCAGAACUGAAACGCGUGAUAGGAGUGGAUCGCCUUCCCUCUCUUCAGGAUCGAGCAAAACUUCCCCUAUUACGUGCCACUGUCUUAGAGGCAUUACGAAUGGCUACCGUUCUUCCCCUUUCUAUUCCACACUACACUACGGAAGAUUCAGAAGUCGCAGGUUACCGUGUACCUAAAGGAACGACUGUGGUGGUAAAUCUUUGGGCUGUAAAUCACGAUCCACAAUACUUCGACCAUCCAGAGGUUUUCAAUCCUCACCGUUUCCUUGACACCGAGGGACAACUCUUGUUAGACCAGCAGGCUUUCCUGCUUCCAUUCUCAACCGGUGGAAGGCGCUGCCCUGGUGCUACCCUCGCUAAGGCGCAGCUGUUUAUGUUUCUCGGGUGUCUCCUGCAAGGAAUGCAUUUACAGCUUCCGGAGCACAGCGUGCCACUUAACAUGGAUGGAGAGUUUGGAUUUGUCUUGAAGCCUCGUUCACUUAAGGUGCAAGUAAAUCCUCGAAACAUUGAACAAUGACUGCGAUCUUUGGUAUUUCAGUUAAAUUUUUCAUUACAGGUAAUUGCUAGUACUAUUAGUGGGCAAUCCUUCUCUCAUAGAUUAAUACAAACAGUUAGUUUAGGAUAUAAAGAUUUCAUUAGUGAAAAGAUUUAUAUUUUGUUUCCAAAUUUUUCAAUUCUCUACAGCCUGAUUGAAACUUUGACUGCCACUACCGGAUAACAUGUUUAUUUUAUUUAUUUAAGAAAAUGACGAAAGCUUGAUGAUUCCCUUUGGAGUAAUGAGUAAUUAAGCUUUAUUCAUCUUGGUAAUGCAUUUUUGCAUAUUUUUCAAAUACCCAAAUUGUGUCAUUGUAUCGACUCCAGCAGACCUAUUUUUUGAUUCAACUCAAUGUGCAAGUAGAUUUUUCCUUGAUUUACUUAAUAAGCUUUAUUUUCAUUGCUUACCCACUUAUGAUGAGAGUGUUUAUGAUCAAGAAAGCAAUUUGAAACCAGAAAUUCAUACAUUUACUUAAUUACAUACGACUUCUAGAUCGUUCAAUGUUUUUCUACCUAUGCUUUUUCGAGCAUCGAUUUAUAAACAACAAUUGGUAGCUCAAAAGGGCUACUGAGCCAUGUUACUAUUAAUCGGCUAAGAAUUUUCAGAUAUGGUCAUUGAGACUGAAGAGACAUGUCGCUCGGUCCAACGACUGCAAAUCAUACUUAAGGUAUGCCCGAAAUUUACCUUGACAAAACUUGCUAACGUUACAUUUGUUAUGUAGCUGUUGACAAACUCAUUGCUUUACUCAGAUUAUUUUAACUUUCAUUUCGUGACACAAAGGACUUACUCUUGUCCUAACUUUAGCUCUUUAGGAGUAAUAUAUUUAUCCAGGUUAUUAAUGAUAACUGGAUUACUUCAUGCUCUAGUUUGAACAAAAUUGAACUUAAACGUAAUCGUUUCCUUUCAUUUAGUUUGCUCAAUUUUCAACUUGUUUUUCCAUAUUGACAACAGUACCUGCCUCUGUAUGCAGAAGCAGCUAUGAGCUGUUUAAUAAAAGUUCCUUUGGAUUUCUCUAA